GCCGGUGCGCAGGGGGCCGCCCGCAUGGUGGACAUCCUCCUCCCGCGGCCGCUCCCGGGCGCCAUGGGGGAGCCCUCCAAGAGGCGGCCGGGGCUGGCCCUGUGCGCGGGCUGCGGGGGCCGCAUCCAGGACCCCUUCCUGCUGCGGGUGUCGCCGGACCUGGAGUGGCACGUCGCCUGCCUCAAGUGCGCCGAGUGCGGGCAGCCCCUGGACGAGACCUGCACAUGCUUCCUGCGCGACGGCAAGGCCUACUGCAAGCGGGACUACAGCAGGCUCUUCGGCAUCAAGUGCGCCCAGUGCCGGGCGGCCUUCAGCAGCAGCGAUCUGGUGAUGCGCGCCCGCGACCACGUCUACCACCUGGAGUGCUUCCGCUGCGCCGCCUGCGGCCGCCAGCUCCUGCCCGGCGACCAGUUCUGCCUGCGGGAGCGCGACCUGCUCUGCCGCGCCGACCACGGGCCGCCACCCGACGGCGCCGCCGCCCGCGGACCGCGCAGCCCCGCGCUGCCGCCGCCCGCCGCCGCGCACCUCGCAGAGCCGGUGCCCGGGCGGCCGCCUGCCCCGCGGCCGCCGGCGCACAAGGCGGCGGAGAAGACUACCCGCGUGCGGACGGUGCUGAACGAGAAGCAGCUGCACACCUUGCGGACCUGCUACGCCGCUAACCCGCGCCCCGACGCGCUGAUGAAGGAGCAGCUGGUGGAGAUGACGGGGCUCAGCCCCCGCGUCAUCCGCGUCUGGUUCCAGAACAAGCGCUGCAAGGACAAGAAGAAGUCCAUCCUCAUGAAGCAGCUCCAGCAGCAGCAGCACAGCGACAAGACGAGCCUGCAGGGCCUGACCGGGACGCCACUGGUGGCCGGCAGCCCCAUCCGCCACGAGAGCGCCGUGCAGGGCAGCGCUGUAGAGGUCCAGACCUACCAGCCGCCCUGGAAGGCGCUCAGCGAGUUCGCCCUGCAGAGCGACCUGGAGCAGCCUGCCGCCUUCCAGCAGCUGGUCUCCUUCUCCGAGUCCGGCUCCUUGGGCACCUCCUCCGGCAGCGACGUGACCUCGCUGUCCUCCCAGCUCCCCGACACCCCCAACAGCAUGGUGCCCAGCCCGGCCGAGACGUGAGGCGGCCCGGCCGCCCGCCGCCGCGGGACUUCCGCAUGCCUGCGCUCCCUGCAUGAGACACCCGGCCCCGGGCCGCUCCCAGAGCGCCGGACAAACGCCUUUGUUUUUUUAAUUAUUCUUAUUUAAAAACAAACAAAAAAUAUGUUACUGACGGCCAAAAAAGCACCGGGAUCCUCGCUGCCUUCACCAGACCGGAGAGAGAGCCCCCCGCUCUGGUUAUUUCGUUGUUUUUGUUUUUUUCCCUGCGGAUUUCGAUGUUUCUUUUCCCCAAAGAAACGCGGAUUUCCCCGCUGGAGCCCGGCACGGUGACAGGCUGCCUCGCCCG